AUGUCUUCUUCGCCGUCCAUCAGUCAUCAACCGUUCUCAACGAUACAACAAAUUGAGAAGAACAAGGGUUUAUCAGUGAAGCGUAAGAAAGGUACACAGCAUUCACGUGUCAAGAAGCGUAAACAGUUCGAUAAAGCGCUCAUCAAGAAACGCUCCCAAAAAGCUGACGUUAAACGAGAGUUGAAACCGUAUGCGGGUGAAGCGAGAGGUAUUCGUGUGUCGACGGUGAAGAGUAUCAAAUUAAAGGCUUGA